AUGGCUGAGCCCCAACUUCAGGCUUCCCAGCAACGCCGUGUGAAAGUCAUGACGGCCGCCGCGGGUUCGGCGGGCCGUGCGGCGGUGUCCCUGUUGCUGUGUGCGCUGCUGGCGCCCGGGGGCGCGUACAUACUCGACGACUCCGACGGGCUGGGCCGGGAGUUCGACGGCAUCGGCGCGGUCAGCGGCGGCGGGGCAACCUCUCGACUUCUGGUAAAUUACCCAGAGCCUUAUCGUUCUCAAAUAUUGGAUUAUCUCUUUAAGCCAUACUUUGGUGCCUCUUUGCAUAUUCUAAAAGUCGAAAUAGGUGGUGAUGGGCAAACAACAGAUGGCACUGAACCCUCCCACAUGCAUUAUGUACUAGAUGAGGAUUAUUUUCGAGGAUAUGAGUGGUGGUUAAUGAAGGAAGCAAAGAAGAGGAACCCUGAUAUUAUACUUAUUGGAUUGCCAUGGUCAUUCCCUGGAUGGCUGGGAAAAGGUUUCAACUGGCCUUAUGUAAAUCUUCAGCUGACUGCCUACUAUGUUGUGACUUGGAUUGUGGGUGCCAAGCGUUAUCACGAUUUGGACAUCGAUUAUAUUGGGAUAUGGAAUGAGAGGUCAUAUGAUAGCGAUUAUAUAAAGGUGUUAAGAAAAAUGCUGAACUAUCAAGGUCUUCAGCAAGUGAAAAUCAUAGCGAGUGAUAAUCUCUGGCAGCCUAUUUCUGCUGCUAUGCUACUUGACUCUGAACUCUUGAAGGUGGUUGAUGUUAUAGGGUCUCAUUAUCCUGGUACCCACACAGUAAAGGAUGCAAAGUUGACUGGGAAGAAGCUUUGGGCUUCUGAAGAUUUUAGCACUUUAAAUAAUGACGUGGGUGCAGGCUGCUGGGGUCGCAUAUUGAAUCAGAAUUAUAUCAAUGGCUAUAUGACUUCCACAAUCGCUUGGAAUUUGGUAGCUAGUUAUUAUGAACAGUUGCCUUAUGGGCGAUGCGGCUUGAUGACUGCCCAGGAGCCAUGGAGUGGACACUAUGUAGUAGACUCUCCACUCUGGAUAUCAGCUCAUACCACUCAGUUUACUCAACCAGGUUGGUAUUACCUGAAGACAGUUGGCCAUUUAGAGAAAGGAGGAAGCUACGUAGCUCUGACUGAUGGCUUAGGUAACCUUACCAUCAUCAUUGAAACUAUGAGUCAUAAACACUCUAAGUGUAUACGGCCACUUCUCCCUUAUUUCAAUGUGUCACAUCAAUUUGCUACAUUUAUUCUUAAGGGAUCUUUUAGUGGAAUACCAGAGUUACAGGUGUGGCAUACCAAACUUGGAAAAGCAUCUGAGAGAUUUCUUUUUAAACAACUGGAUUCUCUAUGGCUCCUUGACAGUGGUGGCAGUUUUACACUGGAACUGCAAGAGGAUGAGCUGUUCACACUCACUACUCUCACAACAGGUCACAAAGGCAGCUACCCACUUUCUCCAAAAUCCCAGCCUUUCCCACAUACCUAUAAAGAUGAUUUCAAUGUUGACUACCCAGUUUUUAGUGAAGCUCCAUAUUUUGCUGAUCAGACUGGUGUAUUUGAAUACUUUACAAAUAUUGAAGACCCUGGAGAGCAUCGUUUCACGCUACGCCAAGUUCUCAAUCAACGACCUAUUACUUGGGCUGCUGAUGCAUCCAACACUAUCAGUAUUAUAGGAGAUUACAAAUGGAGCAAUAUUACUAUACAGUGUGAUGUGUACAUAGAGACCCCCAAGACGGGAGGUGUGUUCAUUGCAGGAAGAGUAAAUAGAGGCGGUAUUUUGAUUAGAACUGCCAGAGGAGUUUUCUUCUGGAUUUUUGCAAAUGGAUCUUACAAAGUUACAGGUGAUCUAGCUGGAUGGAUCAUAUAUGCUUUAGGACGUGUUGAAGUUACAGCAAAAACGUGGUAUACACUUACAUUAUCUAUUAAGGGUCGUUUUUCCUCUGGCAUGCUGAAUAACAAGCCUCUGUGGACAGACAUCCCUGUAAAUUCCCCGAAGAAUGGCUGGGCCGCGAUUGGGACUCACUCCUUUGAAUUUGCACAGUUUGACAACUUUCAUGUGGAAGCCACAUACUAAUACUGACAGGGCAUCAUAGCAUGCUUUAGAUUUUCUUUCUUUUUGGUUUUGGUUCAGAGCCAAUUCUUGUUUUGAUGGACCAAUUUUGAUGAACCAAUAUAUAAGCUUUUGGAAGUUAAAAAUAAUGAAGAGUAAAUGCAGAGAAAAAUAUAUUUUUGCUUGAACCUGUGGGAGAUUUUAUUGCAACUAAUUCCAGGGGAAAACAGGUGAAUCUUUAAUAUUAUGUGGUGUGUCCCCUAAAAUUCAAGCUGUACAAUGGUCGUCUUCUUGCAAGUGGUUUGGGUGGUUCAGGUUAGCUUUGGUGCUAACACUGAGGUAGUUCUCUUCAUUUUAUUUGCAAGUGAUCAUACAGAUGGUAAUAACUUGAUCAGCACCGAGAUGUACUGAUAAAUGCUGACGCUGUGUCCAAGUGAGCCAAUGUCUUCAUCAUAAGAAAACAUUUCCAAAAUGGGAAGCUGAAGAAUACUGGAAGUGCUGCUUUUUGAAAACCACUUCAGCAUGUUAUGUUUACACUCUAAAAAGUUUUUUUUUUUCUUUUCCUUUUUAAGAUUAUGCUUUUGAAUUGUAGGAUAUGAUGAGUGGGAUGAUUUGAAAAAUGUCUCAUUAAUAAACUACCUCUAAAUUUGUUUCUGCAGUAAUAAAUAUUAGCAGAUUAACUGGGUUAUUUGCAUUCUGUAAUAUCUUUUGAUUCCAACUUUUAGUCUUAUGACCCUUGUAAUAAACUCUCUGUGAACGUUUUCCAGGUGGCUGGAAGAAGGAAUAAAACCUGAUGUAGCCAAUGCUGUAAGUGGGUCUAGAGACAAAGUUGUAGCGAUUUGCCGUGUCUCAUUUCACUGUGCCUUUUUGCAGUCUAGUGACAGACUAAAACAGCUAAUGAAUGCCUUUGUCUCCUUAUUUGUGGAAGGAGGAGAACACUUAGACUUUUGCCAGCUCACAGAAUUGGAUCCUCUCCUAAUGUUCUGUAUGGUUAGAUGCACUUAUUUUUUUUAAAAAUCCAAAUGUGUUUAUACUUAAAUAUGGGUGAGCACAAUUCUUAUGUCUCAUAAUUAACAUCUAAACAUUAAUGUAGCUCUUAGAGGCAAAUCAGAUAUUCAUGUGGGUAAAGUAAAAUCUGGAAUUCUUUAUAAGAAAAUAAUUAUUCAUUGAACUAAUUCUAUUAUUUAGGAAUUUGUAAUGAUCUAAUGUAGGCUAAGCUACAAUGAAGUUUUGUAUUACUUUUUAAGAUAAGAAGCUAAUUACUAGAAUAAAUCGGAUUACAGAGAACAUUUUAGAAUUAAGACUAAGUCUAAGCGAUUUCCAGUUCAGAUUGCUGAAUAUUUUUUAAAAUUAACAUUAUAGAGAUAUAAUUUAUGUAAAUGUUCCCAUUUUAAGUGUACGGUUCAGUGAGUUUUAAUAAAUGGAUACACUCAUGUAACCAACACUCCAGUCAAGCUAUUGAAUAUUUCUAUCACCCAGAAAGUUCUCUUGUCCACCUGUGCAGUCAAUUCCCCUCACUCCCAAUCUCAGGCAACCAUUGAUAUGAUUUUUAUUGCUAUAGAUUUUUCUCGUUGUUGUUCCAAAACAUAAAAGUGACGUCAUAUACUAUAUACUGUUGUGAAUGGUGUCUUUUAGUCAAUGUAAUGCUUUUGAGAUGUCCAUGUUGUUGUGUGUGUCAGUGGUUUGCUGCUUCUUAUUUCUGAAGAGUAUUACAUGUAUGGAUGGAUAUACUGUAAUUUAUUUUUACCCCCCCGGUUUCCAAUAUUACAAAUAAAACUGCCAUCAGCAUUUACAUACAUA